AUGAAAAUGUCCUUCCCGAACCCCGACGACAUCUUGAACUUCACUCUUACUAUCGAGCCGGAUGAGGGCAUGUACAAGGGCGGCGCAUUCCACUUCAACUUCACGGUUAACCAGAAUUUCCCGCAUGAUCCGCCGAAGGUCAAGUGCACGCAGAAGAUCUACCAUCCGAAUAUUGAUCUCGAGGGAAAUGUGUGCUUGAAUAUUUUGAGGGAGGAUUGGAAGCCUGUCUUGAACCUGAAUGCUGUUAUUGUGGGGAUGCAGUUCCUCUUCCUGGAACCGAAUGCUUCCGAUCCGCUGAACAAGGAGGCCGCCGACGAUCUGAGACAGAAUCGGGAAGCGUUCAAGCGCAACGUUAGGACGUCUAUGGGUGGUGGUAGCGUGAGGGGGAUACAGUAUGAGCGGGUUAUGCGGUGA